GCAGUGAAAUGGCUGAAGGUGGAGGUUUUCUGGAUCAGGACCAGUUGAGCUGUGCGAUCUGUCUGGAUCUACUGAAGGAUCCGGUGACUAUUCCCUGUGGACACAGUUACUGUAUGGGCUGUAUUAAGGGCUGCUGGGAUCAGGAUGAUCAUACUAGUGUCUACAGCUGUCCCCAGUGCCGACAGACCUUCACCCCAAGGCCUGUUCUGAACAAAAACACCAUGCUGGCUGAAGUGGUGGAGAAACUGAAGAAGACAGGACACCAAGCUACUCCUCCUGCUCACUGUUACGCUGGACCUGGAGACAUGGCAUGUGAUGUCUGCACUGGGAGAAAGAGCAAAGCCUUCAAGUCCUGUCUGGUGUGUCUGGCCUCUUACUGCGAAACUCACCUCCAGCCUCACUAUGAAUCUCCUGCCUUUAAGAGGCACAAACUGGCCAAAGCCACUGGAAACCUGCAGGAGAAUAUCUGCUCUCAUCAUGACAAAGUUCUGGAGAUUUACUGUCGUACCGAUCAGCAGUGUAUCUGUUAUCUGUGUACAAUGGAUGAACACAGAGGCCAUGAUACAGUCUCAGCUGCAGCAGAAAGGACUGAGAAACAGAAGCAGCUGGGGGCGACACAGAGUAAAUUCCAGCAGAGAAUCCAGGAGAGAGAGAAGGAGCUGCAGGAUCUGAGACAGGCUGUGCAGUCACUCAAGCGCUCUGCACAGGCAGCAGUGGAGGACAGUGAGAGGAUCUUUACUGAGAUGAUCCGCUCCAUUGAGAGAAGGUGCUCUGAGGUGAAAGAGCUGAUCAGAGAUCAGGAGAAGGCUGAAGUGAGUCGGGCUGAAGGACUCCUGGAGCGACUGGAGCAGGAGAUUGCUGAGCUGAGGAGGAGAGACGCUGAGCUGGAGCAGCUUUCACACACAGAGGAUCACAUCCAUUUCUUCCAGAGCUGUCAGUCUCUCUGUGCCCCUCCUGGACCUGGAGACUUACCCAGCAUCACUGUUAGUCCACACGUCUCUUUUAAGGCUGUGAGGAAAUCUGUCUCUGUACUGAAAGAGCGACUAGAGGAUGUUUUCAAGGCGAAGUUGGUCAAAGUUUCUGGAAAAGUGGGAAGAGUCCAUAUUGUUGGCCUUGAAGAGGCCAAGACCAGAGAGGACUUCUUACAAUAUUCCUGUCAGCUCACACUGGACCCCAACACAGUGCAUGACAAGCUCCGUGUUUCUGAGGGGAACAGAGCGGUGACCAGUGUGAGAGAGAUCCAGUCAUAUCCUGAUCAUCCAGAGAGAUUUGACUACUGGUGGCAGGUGCUGUGCAGAGAGGGUCUGUCUGGACGCUGUUACUGGGAGGCUGAGUGGAGAGGAGGUGGGGUUUCUAUAGCAGUGUCAUAUAAAGACAUCAGGAGGAAAGGAGGUAGUCAUGACGCUGCUCUGGGAGGUAAUUACAAGUCCUGGAGUUUGUACUGCUCUACCUCCAGUUACUCUUUCUGGCACAAUAAUGAGCUCACUGAAAUCCCUGCUCCCUCCUCCUCCAGAAUACGAGUGUACCUGGAUCACAGGGCAGGAACUCUGUCCUUCUACAGCGUCUCUGACACAAUAACCCUCCUGCACAGAGUCCAGACCACAUUCACUCAGCCCCUCUAUCCUGCAUAUGGUGUUUAUGGGCAUGGAUCUUCUGUAAAACUGUGUGAUCUGGGUUGAGUCAGAAACUGAAGGGAAGAUCGGCUGUAAUGAAAGAGAGGGAAAAACAGUGAAAUGAGAUAGAAAAUGAAUUAAAUUAAAUAUUGGGCUGGCUCAUUACACCAAGGGCCGAGUUUUACCUUGAUAUGCAGCUUCACAAACCUGAUUUAAUAGGAUUUGGUGAAGUUACUGUU